AUGGAGCGCAAGCUUUCCCAGAAAGCAACCAAGAUCCGUCAGCGCUUAACAUUCAGUCGAAAUGGCCGAACUCGCGCCUCAACCAUGAGUUCAUCCACAGCAUCCAUCAACAUGCCUGGAAGCCGUCCACGCUCUGCAACCACACCUCUCUCGUCCAACCUUGCCGAGAACUCAUUGGACAACAACAAUGACAUUCGAUGCUACAAUUUUGAGGAUGAGUCAGGAUUCUUCCGCCCAGCGUCUCCUUUGAUUGACCGACAAGAAAUCGAAGAAGAUUUGGAAGACGAGGUUAAACAUUCCUGCUCCCUCCUCAUCCAAAGUCUUGACCGCGGACUUCCCAUGUGGCCGUGUCUCGAAACAGGAUCCCUGCACACUCGACAUGGACAUGGUGGCACAGUGGCCAAAGCUUCUUCACAUGAAACACGCACCAAUUUUCAGGGCCGACGUUUAUCUCCGGCCCGAAUCCUGAUGAAGGAAAUUCCCGCGCGCAAGGCUGGGCAUGAUUCCGGCGUGGCCUUUAGCAAUCAAUCGCCAAGAUACUAUGGCCGAGCAUAUCAGAACAUCUCGCCGGCUGCCCAUGUCUCUGUCACUGCCACUACUACUGCCACAGUAACCGGCAAUGGCAGGUUCUACGGAGGCCGAGCAUCAACCUCUCCACGCGACGAAGAAGAAUCCCGAGGUCGCACGCGAGGCCGCAGCUUCGCUACAGAAACAACAUCGCCAAAAUCUCGAUCACGAUCACGCUCCCCCUCAUUCUCCCGCUCUCGCUCGUCAAGCCCUGUCCUUUUCCCAUACAGCCCGCCUCAAACAGACGCACUCUGGACCCGCGAUGAUACACACGAAAUGAAACCUCUGAACCAACCGCUCGUAGAGCGAGACAUCUCCCUCGGCGUAGAAGGCAUGACCUGGCUCCGAGCAAGCCUGGAUCUACAACCACGCCCGACGGCUGCACCGCGCCGUUUCUACAGUACCCGCCAAGCGCCUGUGAAGAAGAAUCUCGCCGAUUUCUCCGCAUACGAGGUCACUAGCAGUCGCAACUCCAGUAUUUGCGGGAGUAUCUCGGUGCAUAGUUUUUCUUCAUUCGAUGGAGAUGGUGAUGGGGAGGAGAAGUCUUAUCACGGCUUUUACAAGCUUUCCAUUGAUGGGGCUGGUGCUAUGAAUCCUGCGACUGAUGUGCCUCAAAAUCAAGAGGCUAUUUACUCGGUUGGAUUGGUGCCUGAUGAUGCGCAGCCAAGGCAUAAGCGUAAGCGGGCGUCGCAUUUGCUGAAGAAGUUGGCUGGGUUGGGGAUGCGGAAGAGGGAACCUUCUAUGGAAGGGAGGAGGAUACAGACAGCUGUUGCUGCUGCUGGUUGA